CGCCUCCCUCCGGUUCCAGCACAAGCGUUGGUUCCAGGUUUAUCACUUGCUCAGAAACCCAAAUUCUUGCCCAGAGAGGUCUCUUUCAGCAUCCCCAAUUCCCUCUGUUUCUUCUCUUCGACACUAAUUGCUUCGAGUCGAGUCAAAUCGACCGCUGCGGCUGAAACAAUUCCAGAAUCAUCGGUAGCUUACCCGGUACCAAAACAAUCGAGAGCGCUGCCCUGCCGACUGUACCCGCCCUUGCAUAGGAUUCGUCAAUUUGUCGUCAUCGCCCACUGAACCACCGCUUCCCCAAGCAUCUUUUGUGAAACUGGCAUAUAGGUAUUAUCGGGGCAUUUGUUUUCUUGCAAGACAUCUGGAAUCCCCUACAAGUCAAGAGAGGAAUGAAAUACGGGGAGCAGUUUGAACAGGAGUCUGUUCCGCAAUGGAGCCUUUAUAACAUUGACUACAACUCUCUAAAACACCACAUCAAAACGCACACGACAAAGGACCAAGCGACGGCCAUAGCGAUCCCGGGACACCAAGACACCGCCCUCAGCAAGUUCGAGGAAAGCUUCUACGGCGAGCUGUGUCGCCAACAUGACCGAGUCGACCUCUUCGUCUCCAGCAAGGCUGACGAGAUCUCGCGGCGCCUCCAGCACUCGUCCAAUCAGAUUCACCGCCUAAUAGUACACUGCGCAACAUCAGGCCGGAGCACCAUCUCGAUCAAACGACAGCGGCGGUUUGUCAGGUACGAGCAGGAACUCCUCCAGUGCGGCGACGACAUCCGCUCCCUGCGGCGCUUUGUCGACGCGCAGAUCGUGGCGUUCCGCAAGAUACUCAAAAAGUACAGAAAAUGGACCGGGUCGUCGACGCUGGGGACACGCUUCAGGGACAACGUCUUGUCGCACCCCAAAAGCUUCACGCGGUGCGACUUUUCGCACUUGCAGGCCAGGUAUGACGACUUGCUGGUCACGCUUCGGGCAGCAUCGCCUGCCUACAUGAGCGGGAUUGGCUCCCCGACCCCCGAGCCGACGGUCGACCCGCGCGAUCGGCAGAGCUCCCCGAGCGAGGCGACGGUUGUGAGCGGGUCACAGGUGGUGUACUGGAAUGAGUACGACUGCGGAAGCGAGGCGGGGGACAACGGCAGGAGGGAUGAGGAUUAUGCUAUUUAUAUUGACCCGAACGAGGACAUGAGCUUCCCCGGCAUGAAGGCUCUUGGGAAUCUUUUCUCCAACCCGGUCAAGAAGUUGAACUCAGCCUGGAUGUCGAUUCGAUCGGUGCGGUCGAGGGAGUCUCCCUUGAGCGAUGAUAUCGAGCGCGGACCACUCUUGCCGACUGACUCGACCGUUUCGACGUACGGUUCGACUCGUGCGAAGCCAUUCUCUACCGAGCCGAGCUACUUUACGAUACCGCCUGGCAGUAGGGGUGGCCAGUCCGACACUGAUGUGGAGGAGGAUGCCAACUACUCCAACCGCCACAGUCGGAGGGGGUCGUAUGGGUAUGCUUCCUCGGAAGAUCAGUUUCCUACCGGCUAUCGUCCUCACUAUGCUGCUCUGCCGAGCAUCAAUGACCAGCGCAUUGAGCAGUACAGGGAAAACAUGUUUUUCUGGAUCACGUGGGGCUGCUACGCUGUUGCGUAUGUCUUGAUGGGGAUUGCGACUGUGCUCAUCACGGCGGGGCGUAACAAGAAGCGGCUUGAGGUGGACGCGGGUGUGACGCUGGGCAUCAUGACUUCUCUGGGGCUGGCAUGUGCGGCGAUUUGUAUGACGGUGGCCAGGCAGGAAAGGAUGGGAUGGGUUGGGCUGGUGGCGACGUGGAUUGCGUUUGCGGGGAUAUGUGCGGCCAACGGGGUGUUGCUUGUGCUUGUGGUUGGGAAUGCUCCUCUAUGA